GGGAGCGCGCGGGGGGCUGUGCGGCGUGGCGCCUGCUUCCGGUCGGCGGAGCGGGCUGAGGAGAACGGGCGGCGGCGGCGGCGGCGACUCCCCGGGCACGGUGCCUCCGAAGCACGAUGACGCUCCCUCAGCUGCUCCUCUGCCUCUCCCUCUCCAUGCUCUGCAUCUCCAGCAAACCCACUGAGAAGAAGGACAGGGUCCACCACGACCCCCAGCUCAGUGACAAGGUCCAUGAUGAUGCUCAGAACUUUGACUAUGACCACGAUGCCUUCCUGGGUGCCGAUGAGGCCAAGACCUUCGAUCAGCUCACGCCAGAGGAGAGCAAGGAGAGGCUUGGCAAGAUUGUAGGUAAGAUAGACGAAGACAAGGACGGGUUUGUAACGGUGGAGGAGCUGAGAGACUGGAUUAAGGUUGCCCAGAAGCGUUGGAUUUACGAGGACGUAGAGCGGCAGUGGAAGGGCCACGACCUCAAUGAGGACGGCCUCAUAUCUUGGGAGGAGUAUAAAAAUGCCACCUACGGCUACAUCUUAGAUGACCCCGACCCCGACGAUGGCUUCAACUACAAGCAGAUGAUGGUGCGAGACGAGCGCCGCUUCAAGAUGGCUGACAAGGAUGGGGACCUGACUGCCACCAAGGAGGAGUUCACUGCCUUCCUGCACCCCGAGGAGUAUGACUACAUGAAGGACAUUGUGGUGCAGGAGACCAUGGAAGACAUUGACAAGAACGGGGAUGGCUUCAUUGACCUGGAGGAGUACAUUGGUGACAUGUACAGCCACGAUGGUGACACCGAUGAGCCCGAGUGGGUGAAGACAGAGAGGGAGCAGUUCGUGGAGUUCCGUGACAAGAACCGGGAUGGGAGAAUGGACAAGGAGGAGACCAAGGACUGGAUCCUCCCCUCGGACUACGACCACGCUGAGGCUGAGGCACGGCACCUUGUCUAUGAGUCUGACCAGAACAAGGACGGGAAGCUGAGCAAGGAGGAGAUCGUGGAGAAGUACGACCUGUUCGUGGGCAGCCAGGCCACGGACUUCGGCGAGGCCUUGGUGCGGCACGAUGAGUUCUGAGGGCACAGGCCCCCCCUCCACUAAUUUAUUUGCACCCCUUCUGGGCUGAGCAGAAGCAAAAGCAAACCUUGGGUGUGGGUCUGGGGGGUUUGGGGUGGAGGUUUUUUGUUUGGGGGGGGGUUACCUUUUCUGGUUUGCCUGCUGGAGACUCUUCCUGCAGGCUACCAGCCACCGAAAUUCCCUUCCCCCUCCUCAUCCUGGUUUUAUUGCUUUGGCUUCCCGAGGGCAUGAGGAGUCUCUGAGGACCUACCUCUUCCUUCUGACUCUUUGAGGGGUUGGGGUUUCAUUUUUUAAUGUAGAUUUACAUGGGUUGGGUUUUUUUUUUGGGGGGGGGGGGGGAGGGGGGGUCUUUAAACCAACCUUGGGUUAGUUUUGUAUCUCCCUUCCACCAGAAGAAACCUCUCUCCUGACAGGGCUGAGUGAUGACAAUGCUCCUCCUUCACCCUCCUGCCCUGCCCCUUAGCCACAACUCAUUGAACAAAUGGAUCAAAAUUCAGUUUAAAAAACACCCCAAAGUUAAAGCCAGUGAACAACCAGGUCAAAACCAAGCUAAGAGGUUGACUUUUUGGCCAGAAUAGUCAAGAAGUUGGUGUGGGGUUUUUUGGAGAGCCUUAAAUGGAACCAAGAGGUUGAGUUUGGGUCAAGAUAAAGCCAAAAGGUUGAGUUUUGGGUCCAACAUACAGCCAAGAGGUUGAGUUUGGGUCCAACAUACAGCCAAGAGGUUGAGUUUUGGGUCAAGAUACAGCCAAGAGGUUGAGUUUUGGGUCCAAGAUACAGCCAAGAGGUUGAGUUUUGGGUCCAAGAUACAGCCAAGAGGUUGAGUUUUGGGUCAAGAUAAAGCCAAGAGGUUGAGUUUUGGAUCAAGAUAAAGCCAAGAGGUUGAGUUUUGAUCAAGAUAAAGCCAAGAGGUUGCACUUUGGGUCCAAAAAAAGCCAAGAGGUUGAGUUUUGGGUACAAGAUAAAGCCAAGAGGUUGAGUUUUGGGUCCAAGAUACAGCCAAGAGGUUGAGUUUGGGUCAAGAUAAAGCAAAGAGGUUGCAUUUUGGGUCCAAAAAAAGCCAAGAGGUUGAGUUUGGGUCCAAAAUAAAGGCAAGAGGUUGAUUUUGAUCAAGAUAAAGACAAGAGGUUGAGUUUUAGGUCCAAAACCAAGGCAAGAGGUUGUGGUUUAGGUCCAAGAUAAAGCCAAGAGGUUGAUUUUGGUCAAGAUAAAGCCAAGAGAUUGAGUUUUGGGUCCAAAAUAAAGCCAAGAAGUUGAGGUUUGGGUCCAAAAUUAAACCAAGAGGUUGAGUUUUAGGCCAGAAUAAAACCAAGAGGUUGAGUUUUGGGUCCAGAAUCAAGGCAAGAGGUUGAGUUUUGGGGGGCAAAAUUAAACCAAGAGUUGAGUUUUAGGCCAGAACAAAGCCAAGAGGUUGAUUUGGGGCCCAGAAUAAACUCAAGAUGUCAAAUUUUGGACCCCAAAUCAACCCUGGAGGUCGAAUUUUGGGCCAAAAUUGAACCCAAAAGGUUAAGGUUUGGGCCAAAAUAGAGCCAGGAGGUUGAUUUUUGGGCUCAAAGACAAAAUGCUGGCUGGGGGCCCAAAUUUAACCCAAAAGAUGGAGUUUUGGGCCAAAAUAGAAUCAGGAGGUUGAUUGUUGGGCCCAAAUUUUAAACCAAAAUGUUGAGUUUGGGGCCAAAAUAAGGACAAAAAGCUGAUUUGGGGCUCAAAUUUAAAGCAGAAGAUUGAGUUUGGGGCCAAAAUAGAGCCAAGAGGUUGAUUUUUGACCCAAAAGCAAGCCAAAAAGGUGGAGUUUGGGGCUGAAAAUGAGAAAGGUUUAUUUGGAGACCUAAACAAAGCCAAGAAGUUGCUGGUUGGGCCCAAAUGAGACCAAAAACCACCACUGGAGCUGAGUCCCUCCAGCUUUAGCCCCUAACUUUUUACCCCAACCCCACUUCAUGGAGCCCCAAAAGUGCCUUGAGUCCACCCAAAGUGGCUGUGGAGGGAGGGGAGGGAGGGACUGGGGGGGAAGUGGCUCCUUUUUUGGGGGAGCAAAUUAACCUCUCAGUUGAAUUUUGGGCCCCAAAGCAGCUUUUUGUUGUUCUCUUGGGUCAAAAAAUAUCAACCUCCUGGCUCUAUCUUGGCCCCAGACUCAACCUUUUGGCUUGAAUUUGAGCUCCAGAGAAGCUUUUUAUCUUUAUUUUGGCCCCAAACUCAAUCUUUUGGGUUGAAUUUGAGCUCCAGAGAAGCUUUUUAUCUUUAGUUUGGCUCCAAACUCAACCUUUUGGGUUGAAUUUGAGCUCCAGAGAAGCUUUUUAUCUUUAUUUUGGCUCCAAACUCAACCUUUUGCUUUGAAUUUGAGCCCCAAAGGAGCUUUUUAUCUUUAUUUUGGCUCCAAACUCAACCUUUUGGUUUGAAUUUGAGCUCCCAAUCACCUUUUUGUCUUUAUCUUGGCCCCAGACUCAACCUUUUGGUUUGAAUUUGAGCUCCAGAGAAGCUUUUUAUUUUUAUCUUGGCUUCAAACUCAACCAUUUGGUUUGAAUUUGAGCCCCAAAGGAGCUUUUUGUCUUUAUUUUGGCUUCAAACUCAACCUUUUGGUUUGAAUUUGAGCUCCAGAGAAGCUUUUUAUCUUUAUUUUGGCCCCAAACUCAACCUUUUGGUUUGAAUUUGAGCCUCAAAGAAGAUUUUUGUCUUUAUCUUGGCCUCAAUCUCAACUUUUUGGUUUAAAUUUCAGCCCCAAAUUGCCUUUUUGUCUUUCUUUUGGCUCAAAACUCAACCUUUUGGUUUAAAUUUGAGCCACAAAUCAGCUUUUCCUCUUUCUUUUGGGCCAGAAAAUCAACCUUUUGGCUCAAAACUCAACCUUUUGAUUUAAAUUUGAGCCACAAAUCAGUUUUUCCUCUCUCUUUUGGGCCAGAAAAUCAACCUCUUGGCUCUACUUUGGCCCAAAACUCAUCCCUUUGGUUUAAAUUUGGGCCACAAAUCAACUUUUCCUUUCUUUUGGGCCACAAAAUCAACCUCUUGGCUCUCUUUUGGUCCAAAACUCAUCCUUUUGGUUUAAAUUUGGGCCACAAAUCAUCUUUUUGUCUUUCUUUUGUCCCAAAACUCAACCUUUUGGCUUAAAUUUGGGCCACAAAUCAGCUUCUUGUCUUCCUUUUGAGCCCAAAACUCAACCUCCUGCCUCUAUUUUUGCCCCAAACUCCAAUCUUUUGGGUUUGGAGCGUUGGAGCUGAGUCCCACCAGGUUUAAGCCCCCAACUUUUACCCCCAACCCUGCUUCCUGGAGCCCCAAAAGUGCCUUGAUUCCACCCAAACUGGCUGCAGAGGGAGGGGAGGGAGAGAUUGGGGGUGGAAAUGAGGGGUGGGGGUUGGGGAGGGUGCAUGAAAUUGCUCAUUCUCCAUCCAUGUUCACUUCCUGCUGUAAGCCCAGCCCAGGCUCUGCCCCCUCCCCACUCCCCCUCCAACUCCAACCCAGAGCUUGGUGUCCCCCAAAUCCCUUUGUUAGUUUCUGCCCUCCCUUCCACCCUGUUUUUACCUUUCAAUGUGAGGGUUCCAAGCAUCAUUUUAACCCCCAUUUUAUCCCCAUUUUUAUCUCCUGUUCCCCUCCCCCCCCAUUUUUUGCUCUAAAUGGACUCCAAAUGGAGUCAGCCACACACAGGGAUUGGAGUGGCCACACCAGGAAAAACCUGGAAUGCUUUUUCCAGCUUCCCUCCCCCCAAAAAUGGACUUUUAUGGAGCAUUAAUGAUGUCAGACACUAAUUUGUUCCUCUUCCCCCUUCAAAGAGGGGCUUGUCCCCCUCCCCCCCACCCCCUUCUCCAACCCCUUGAGAUGUUUCUCCUGGGGCUGGUUCAGUUUUGGUCCCUUUUGAUGUAAACCAGGCUCAAUAAAAGCUGUUUACAGUCACCC